UGCGCCGGCAUCGCUGUCCACGUGACCUGUACGUACUGGGAGCUGCGAGUGUGCCUACCUAAACAGCAUAUUUCAGCAAAACGAAUUAAAUUUCUUUGCCUUGCACGUCUGCAGUGACAAGCCUCUUUGGCGCGCAAUGUUUCUCGUUGCUCUACUGACUGUCGUUGUAGGUGCUUAUCUAUUGUUUGUGCAAUACAAGGCAUAUCAGACGAGACGCUUACACUUUCCAGGUCCCCCAUUGAUUCCUCUUCUAUCUGCCUGGUUUGCCUAUGCUCGCUUUCUCUGGAUGGGAGUACCGACUGCUGCCGCUUACUAUCUCAAGCACUAUGGGGAUACGGUGAGGGUAUGGAUUGCUGGGGAUGAGACCAUUAUCACAUGCAGACCAGAUUACGCCUAUCAUGUUCUCAAGUCGAACAACUACCGACAACGCUUUGGAUGUGAGACCGGUCUCCAACAUCUGGGGAUGUACCACAGUGGAAUUAUCUGGAAUAACGAUGUCCAAAAGUGGAAACAUCUUCGAAGCUUUUUUCAAAAAGCUCUGAACGCUAACGGACUAGACAGAGCGAUCGAAUCUGCUGCCUGUGCAGCUCGUAAACAACUCCAUCAAAUCCCUCAACUGCAAAACGCACGACCCGAUGGACUAUUGGAUGGCUUAAACUUUCUACGAGGGAUCACCUUGGACAUAACAGCCGAUCUCAUGCUGAGAGUGCACAUUGCGAACGGUCCGCAGGUUGUUGAGGAGAUCGUCCAGUACUUCAAGGCUUGGGAAUACUUUCUUAUCAAGCCAGCUUGGCUCUACCACUUCCAACCGCAAUUCCAGAAGCACAAAAAAGCAGUGGUAGCUCUCAACAGAUCCGUACAUGAAAUUGUAGAAACAAGAAGAGCCACCGAAUGGAAAACAGCAGACGACUUUCUAGCAAAUCUCCUCAAAUCAGAGGAAAACGGUGAAGUCUCUUCCGUUGAUCUCGAACAAUGCGUCCUUGAAAUGUUCCUAGCCGGAACGGACACCUCCUCUGUCACCAUGUACUACACCCUAGUGGCUCUAUCAGACAACCCAGGAAUCGAAGAAAAAGUUUUGGAGGAAAUAACGCGCGUUGUAGGUCUGGAAAUCCCUAAUAAACGCAACCUAGCUGAAUUAACGUAUAUGGAGAAAGUACUGAAGGAGUCACUUCGUGCAAAGCCGGUCGGACCAGUCAUUCUUCGGAGAGCAAUCAGCGACGACGUCAUGGACAACCACAGCAUACCUGAAGGCACCAACAUAAUACUACACCUAGCACAAAUGCAUCGCGACCCUCGCAAUUUCACAAGCCCGAACGGAUUUAACCCGGAGCAUUUCAAUAAGGAUAUGCAGUUCCAGUAUGUUCCGUUCGGUACGGGACCUAAGGGAUGCGUUGGCCAAUACCUGGCCAUGUUAGAAAUGAAGGUCGUUCUGUCGAUUGUUCUGCCUCGAUACAAGUUUCGCACACUGAGUCGUGACGGAACGCUCGAAGAUCUCGAGACACACUGGGACAUAGCAAAUCAACCAACAAACGAAUGCUUAGUGACAUGUGAAGAACGAUAAUUUAGUG